CGAAGAUGCUUUCUUUCGCCCCUUCCUUACCGAACACAUUCUCUUUGGCAAACAAAACCUCUCACCCAACAAAGCCACAAACAUUCAACUUUUCCAAUCCUUCGAUUAUUAUAACCUAUUCCUCUUCUUUGGAACGCCAAUUCGCUCAGAAAAACCAUGUCCACUGUUUUCCUUUAAACGUACGCAGCACUCUUUAGCGACGAAGGAAAAAAGGAAGUGUUAGGGUUUUAAUUCUCUGCGACGCUUCCCGCAUUGCGGCACCCUGCACCUUCCUACACGAAUCGUGCGACUCUUACUCCCCUUUCGUUUUCCGCUCUCUCUCUGCUGCGAAAUUAGGGUUCAUAGUUUUGGAGCCAAUUCUUCUUCCGAUUUCGAACCGAGUGAACGUAGAAGAUGUACGCUGAUCGUGUGGAGAGUGGAGGACGGAGGUCCGUGAAGGAACGCCUUAAUGGGAAUGUUGUCAGUAGUUCUACUCGGCAGCAUCAACGCCAAGUCACCGGCAAGAGGUCGAGGCAAGAUGACAAGUGGGAACAUGAUCUCUUUCACGAUGAUGAACCUCGGAUCACUAAUCGCAAAGUUAGUGCUCAAGAUCUUCGCCUCAAGCUUCGAAGGAAAGGUCUUCAACCAGCAGCUCAGAGUGGAAAGAGUUCUGCUCCAAACACGUGGGAUCUCCGUGAAAGGCUAUCAGGGACAAUGAAACCACAACCUACAAAUUCUGACCCUCCAAAGUCAAAAGUUGUUAAACCAAGCAGCAAAAAUGUCAGUGUUGAGGCCCCUGAAGUGCAGCUCAAAAGGCCAGCUGACCCAGCUCCUAAAAGGUCACGCAAGGUCGGUAAUUCAGUUGAUGAUUUUUUGCAGUCCUUGGGUCUCGAAAAGUAUCUCAUAACUUUUCAGGCUGAAGAAGUUGAUAUGACAGCACUCAAUCAUAUGACUGAUGAAGAUCUCAAGGCUAUGGGCAUACCAAUGGGACCAAGAAAGAAGAUACUUUUAGCGCUGGAGUCGAAGUCUAACAUUUAGCAUAAUUGAUUGAUAUUCUUAGCUGGAUGAACUUGUUUAUGAACGGUGGUGGGAGAUCAGGAUCUGAAAACCAAGUGUAAUAGCAUAGUUCUUUGAUUAUCUUCGGUUUUCAUUUUUGCCCCCAAGUUUUAGAUAUUAAUCUAGUUUUGGAGUUUAUUAGGCUAAACCUGUCAAUCUCCUGGAACUCUUUUAAUUGUAUCUAGUAAUUAAUGCAUGAGAGUUUACCUUUGGAAUCAAUUCAACGUUUGAACUCGUGAAUGAGAAUUUUCCCUUUUUGCAAACUUUCAAGAGCGUUUGCCGGCGAUGAAGAGAACGGAUGAUACUUUUCAACACCCUGAGAUUGAUUACCAAAUUGCAACAUAAAGCAAUAGAUGAACUAAUUUGUUGCAAGUCAUAUAAUCAUUUACUUCGAGUGAUAUAAAUCGAGAUGCUUACGGCAUUAGCUGGCGUAGGAUUUGUGUUAGGGUCAAUUGUGAUAGUUACUCUAGGAGGUCUAACAUAUGUACAUUGUAGUUGAUUCUUUGGAGGAUCUGGAAAGUACCAUAUCCUCAUCGGUUGAGUUUGGGAUUCCUCUUAGAAGGAAAUUUACCCUUCUUAAGGUGAAGUCAAAGUCAAUCUCUCUCUUCAAAGAUGAUCUCUUUCUCCUCUUAUUAUUGUACUUAACAUAUAUCUUUGUUUGUUGUAUUUGAAUUCUAAUCUUCUCAUGCAACUUUUUAGUGAAUUCUUCCCUA